CUAUAAAGAGAGUUGUAUUUUAAAAGAAACUUCGACACGUCUGUGUACAAAUCCUCUUCCACAGAAGCAACUGAAAAAGGUCGAGGCAUUCGAAAUCCGCGAUGGGCGAGGUAAUGGAAACCCUAUCGGAGCACCGAAUCUCUGCCGCAGCUCCCGUCGUCUUCCUGAUCGUCGUCGCUUUCCAGUUCGUCUAUAGAUGGCUCGAACAGUUAAAGAAGAGAGGACCAAAGACUGCUGAGGAAACUCGGUUGCGGAGAGAGAUCAAAGAGCUUCUGAAAGAGGCAAGCUCCUUGUCACAGCCAUCAACAUUUGCACAAGCUGCAAAACUUAAGAGGAUGGCAACUUCUAAGGAGAAAGAACUUGCAAACUAUCAAGAGUUACAUGGCAAGGAGAUAAAAGGUUCAUAUGAUUUGUAUCUGAAAGUUUUGUUCAUCUCCAAGGUCUUGACAUAUCUUGUGCUGGUUUGCUGGUUUUGGAGGGUUCCAGUUGCCUCCAUAUCACAACAACUUGUUCAGCCCUUCGGGAAGGUGAUAUCAUGGAGGGCUGGAGGAGUAUUAAACGGAAAUGUUAUGGUGGGAAUAAUUCCUUGGUUGAUAUUGUCUACCCGGGUUAGCAAAUUUGUUUGUCGACUCUUCAAGUUCUAGCAUUUAAAUGAGUUUUGUCCCAAUUGUCACAAUGACGGAAACAUAAUUUUGUUUUGAUUAGUAUUAUUUGACAAGGUUUAUACAAGAGCUUAGAGUACCCACUGACAUAUGAUUUUGUACUAUUUCUCUAUGUAAGUUGAGUUUAUUGUUGUGAUAUGUAGAGAAAUUACCUCUUGUAAAAUCCCAAUCUCUGUAAUGUUUUUCCAUAUGAAAAUCCAGUAAGUUUGUGAUGUCUUCUGCCUUCUC